CUAGCUGAUUCCAUGAGGUCCUCUGAAGGGAAUGACAGGUAGAGCUGUGUAACUUCAGCAUAGCACAGAGAGGAAGAUUAAUAGGAUGGUAGAGCCAAGUGAAGAUGUGUAUAUAGAGAGAGAGGAGGAGAAGGAGGCCCGACACUGAUCCUCUGUGCAACCCCGUGCUUGCUUAGUGCACUCUUGACGUCUUUCCACUUCAGGACACACAGUAAGAUCUCCCUGAAGACGUCUCAAACUACCUUGGCGCUGUCCCAGAGCUGCCUAACUCAGACAGGGUGGCAAGAAGGAUCAGGUGGUUGACCGUGUCAAAGGCCGAAGGGAGAUCUAACAGGAUGAGCACAGAUGACUUGGUGGUAGCUCAGGCCUGCAAUAAUGUGCCGACAAAAAUCUCCCAAAUGCCUUAAUAUGGAUCUGUCAUAAACUGCUGGAUAGGGCCAGAAGAAACACUAAAAUUAUGAUGCUGAAAUAAACCCUCGAAACCUCAGAAAACAAAAACCAGUAACAUGGCUGUGGACAUGGAAAACCUGAACCUCGUGUGUCACAGGCCUUGUGGACUAACACAGCCUGUGUUUAAAUGAGACGUCUUCCUGCAAGGUGGUUACCUCACAGAGUUUUUCAUGUUUUGUGCAUUUUGCCUUUUCUAGAGACAUGCAAGGCCAAAGCAGUCAGGACAGUUUUCAAUGCAAGCAGUGUGACACGGUUUGCCCCACGUGGCCAGACAUGCUGGAGCACGUGGAAAGUCACUACCUUCAGGAUGAGGACCGCCGCUUUAAGUGUGACCAAUGUGGCAGAGGUUACAGGCAUGCUGGCAGCCUGGUGAAUCAUAAGAAGACUCAUGAGGUGGGACUUUUCCAUUGCCCCAUUUGCGGAAGGCAGCUUACCAACCCCCUGGCUCUGAAAAAUCACGUGCGUAUCCACACACAGGGCAAGAGUUUCCAAUGCCAAGUGUGUGGCAAGGCUUUCAGGCUGGCCGCCCAACUUGCUACCCACCAGAGGUGCCACACGGAAAGAACCCAUCACUGCACGGUAUGUGGAAGGAGCUUUCGGAGUCAGUCUCAGCUGGCCGUGCACAUUAGCGAAUUGCACGCCAAUGACUCUGCAGCAAAUGAGCUAAACAUGUCGGGUUCUCUGGGAGCAGAUAGCUCCGACUCUUCAGAGAACCUUCCUUUGAGACCUAGAAAUGCUUCCAACAUGCUUUCUACUGAUGGUUCUGAAGCACCUCAUAAAAAUGCUGUUGUGUCCAAUGCUGGCAACCAUUCCGACUCUCAUCUUUUACCCGACGCCACAGGAAUAGUCUAUGGUGCUAAUGAGGCCAGUGAUUCAAGUUCCCUUGAAGGGGACAGAGUCGCUCAUAAUGGACUUCCAAGUUUUUCUUGCAGUGAUUGUGGAAAGCUGUUUGGGGACAUUAGCAGUUUGAAAAGACACUUUUGUUUUCAGCCGCCUAAUCACAAAACUUCAACUCCACUGAGGGAUGGGCUGAUUAAAAACAGAAGGGGUAAUGACAGCAAACCAGUGUCUGAAGACACGGACGAUAGACCUUUCAAGUGCAACCAAUGCGAAAAAACCUACAGACACCAUGGUAGCCUAAUCAACCACAAAAAAUCGCACCAGCUGGGCGCUUUUGAGUGUCGCAUAUGUUUCAAACAGUUUAAUAAUCUGGCCGCUUUGAGUAGCCACCUGAGAAUCCACCCCAAGUCCACUUCAAACAGAUCAUUGCAGCCUCCUUACUUUGAACAUUCUGAUAUCCCUCAAGAUCUGCUUGUUUCUCAUGCGGGUAGCAGCAUCAGUGACACAGAGAAAAGCAACUUCUGCCAUCUAUGCGAGGUGGCGUUCGCAGAUGAAUCUGAAUUUCAAGACCAUGUUAUGCUGCAUAAUAACAUUUCUUUGCCAUUGGAUCACCUUGAUGGAUUUACUGAAGGAGGCGACCUUUCACAUGACUAUGCUAGCACACAAAAUCCUGAGCUUACUGCAGAUAGCUACCAGCCAUCUUCUAAUACAGAGCCUUUUGAGAGUGAGGGGCACAGUGAAGCACAGGAGGUUGUUAAUGGGCUGGCUUUUACAUGUGCCUGUUGUGGAGAGAGCUAUCCAGAACCCAAUAGCCUUAAGGAGCAUUACUUAACCCACGGCACUGCAGUGCAAAAUGAAGACGGUGAUAAAAAUUCACCUCACAAAGCCUUCCAGCCUUCUUGUAGUGAGAAUACCCCCUCGGAGGAAAUUGUGAUCAAAGCUAGUCUUCUGCAUGGAAGUGAAGAGUCUACUAGAAGGUCUAAUGCACAACAUGACUCUAUGGAUGGUGAACGGCGGUUCCGGUGCCAACAGUGUGGCAAGAGUUACCGCCACGCAGGUAGCCUUAUAAACCACAAGAGAUCUCACCAGACUGGGAUUUAUCAGUGCUCAGUCUGUGGAAAGCAAUACCCAAACCUUGCUGCCUUAAAAAGUCAUUUGCGAAUUCAUAAAUCCAAGCCUCUUCCCCAAAUUUUGGACAGGACUGGCAGCCUGAAUAGCUCCUACUGGCUUUCUAAUGAGCCCAUGGACAACAGCGAAUCAGGGACUCCAGAAGCUCUUUACAGCUGCCACAUUUGUUACCAGACAUAUUCGACUGAAGCAUUGUGGAAGCAGCACUUGGUAUCACAUAUUAAUGGAGUGAUCAUGGUACCGCAUCAUGACCUGCAGGAAGCCACCGAGCUGCUCGUGAGCCAGGAUGCCAAUCUUGAUGCAGAGACCGCAGGUGAGAGUUCUCAUUUGGAAAAUGAGAUGGGAUCUUUGCAUGCUGAGCAUGCUCAAAUUGAACUGGACAAUCAGCAACAGAUAAGCUCCCACUUCCAAGCAGAGCGGCACAUGUGUGCAGAUUGUGGAGAGACUUACGGCGACAUUGCUGGCAUCAAAAGCCAUCGUUGUCUUUUGCAGAAACAAGGGUUGGAUGCUUUAAUAUUCCAGAAUGGGGUUGAUAAUUUCCACCCAAGAAAUGACUACCAACAACUGAGGGAGAAUCUUCCUUUGGAGAAUUCCUCUUCUGGACUAAAGGGUUCCAAACGUAGAAAGAGUGGCCCAGCCCAGAAGCAUGUGGAGCUGCCUGAUCACAAAGAGGUAACUGACAUUUCUGAAAUCUGCCAGUGUUCUGUGUGUGGGAACCAUUAUGCCACCCUUUCUGCACUCAAGAGUCAUCUCCGUAGCCACACGCACACGGAUGCUGAUCAUCCUUCCCACUCGAUGGAUGAAAGCAGUCUUCGAAUCUGCAGCGUGUGUGGUGAGAGCUUCUCAAACGAGACUGAUUUCCAUCAACAUCGACUCACUCAUCACGAAGAAACGUCAACCAAUUUGCAGUUGGAGCCAACAGAUACAGAGGAAAUUCCCGAGGCUAAAAAUGAAAUUUUCAUUAAUGAGCCCCUUGAAUUAAAGACCUUGAAAGACGAAAAUAGUGAAGUUGAGACCUCAUUGGAAAACAAAGAUCAGAUUUGCGGAGAAUGUGGAUUAAGUUUCAAGACUUUUAUCGAGUUGGACAGUCAUCAGUGUGGCCAAGGAGAAGUGCCGGUCUCUAAUGGGCCUGUGUUUCAAAACCUGUCCAUUCCUGAUAAUCAGGAAAAGGAGGAAAGUCUGGAUGGUGGAAAUGACGAGGAGAGGCCAUAUCAGUGUGACCAGUGUGGUCGUGCUUAUCGACAUGCUGGCAGUCUUCUCAACCACAAGAAAUCUCACAAGACUGGUGUCUUCCGCUGCUUUGUUUGCCAGAAGCGUUUCUAUAACCUUCUCGCUCUCAAGAAUCACCAGAGGGUCCACUUUGAUGUAAAGAGACACAAAUGCACAGACUGUGGAAAAGCUUUCAAACUUCAAAAGCAGCUGAUGAGUCAUCAGAGGAUCCAUUUAGAGAAACAAAUUCGGGCCAAGCAGGUCAACUUUCACCUUCACCAGCUGAUGCAUUCCGUGUCUGUUAAUCAAAACUCCAGUGCAGUCCAGUAUGACCUAAAACAGCCUGAAAUCAAUGGGCCCAGUUAUCCAAUAGACACAGGUGCUAUGGGGAACAAAGCUACUGGGGAAGAAACUCAGGAAACGGCCAGCCAUAACCCAGAUAUCAAGGGUGUGAAGCAGCUCCUGAUCUGUAACAGCUGCGGGGAGAUGUAUCAGCCAGAAGAUCAGCACUUGUGCCAAUCAAAAGUAACGGGCCACCUCAAUUCGGAGUCUUUGGAAAUAGAACCAGGUGGAUUACCUCCAUCAAAGGCAGAAGUUAAGACUGAACAAGUUACAGCUGAGGCAGAAGAUGUACAAUUCAGUGCUGUCGCAGAUGAUCAACGUCCCUACUGUUGCGAUCAGUGUGGUAGGACAUACAGGCAUGCGGGCAGUUUGGUCAAUCAUAAAAAGUCACACAAGACGGGACAUUUCUACUGUACAAUUUGCCACAACACCUACCCUAAUCAGCUGGCCAUGAAGAACCAUCUGCGAAUCCACUUUGCUGUCAAGAGGUAUAAAUGCCUGGAUUGUGGCAAGGCUUUCAGAGGUCAGAAACAGCUCUUCAUCCACUACCAAGCCCAUGCAUGUGGUAGGACUUACAAGAAAGGGCAUCUAAAAUCACAUCUUGGAAGCAUAAGGAAGGGCUUGGGAAAUGCAUCAAGUGUCCAGAAUGGGCACCUGAGCAAAGGGAAUGUAGAUACUACUGCUACUGAUCAUCUUGACAUCAAAGGUGAGGUUCCUUGUGGGCACAGUUGUGAAGUGUGCAAGCAAAGUUUCUCCACAGAACAGGAGCUAGCAGAACAUACGUGUGAUGGUAGUGCCGUAUCAUUUGAUGAUAGUAGUGCCCAAAGUCCUGAAAAAGAAAAGACCGGUCCUGACCAGAUAUCUAGCUCAAAAGUGCCCUUUGAAACAGAGGACCGCCCAUUCCGCUGUGAUAUCUGCAGUCGUACUUACCGCCACGCAGGUAGCCUGCUCAACCACAAAAACACUCACAAGACUGGCCGUUUUGAGUGCUACAUCUGCCAGAAAAUGUUUUCAAACCCCAUGGCCCUUAAAAACCACCUACGUAUUCAUUCCCAGAAGAAGCGCCACCAUUGCCUUGAUUGUGGGAAAUCUUUUAGGCUUUCCAGUGCCCUCCGUAACCACCAGAAGUUACAUCUUGGUGAACUUUCGCACAGAUGCAAAAACUGUGGCAAAGGUUUCAUCAGUAAAAGCAGUCUGAGGCAUCAUCAUUGUAGAAAUGGAAAGCAGCGUAGUGCCCAAAGUCAAAAUGGAGAAAUUAUGAACUUCCAGGAAUCGCACAAUACUUCCACUAAAAGUCCUAAUGACUCGGAAGACUCCUCAGAAGUUAAAGUCUCCAGAAACCAAAUUUCCUCCAGUCAAGGUGAGGUUGACGUUGGUCAACAGGAAUCUGAUGACCGACCAUUCAGAUGUGAUCAGUGUGGUCGAACGUACCGUCACGCUGGGUCACUGCUCAACCACAAGAACACUCAUACCACUGGGACCUACCAUUGUACUGUCUGCCAAAAAGAGUUCUCCAACCUCCUUGCCCUCAAGAACCACCACCGAAUUCAUUCCGAGGUGAAACGCUACAAGUGCCUGGACUGUGGGAAAGCUUUUAGAGUGUCCUCCCACUUAAUCAGCCACAGGAGGGUCCAUACGAAAGAGAGGCCAUACUAUUGUGUCCUCUGCUGUCGAGGAUUUGCUAGCAAAGCAACUUAUUGCCACCACCAGACCUUACACAAAACCAAACCUCUGUACUUUUUAAAGAUCAAUAAGAGAAACCGGAGCAGAUUAAUUUUGCCCUUGCUUGGAUCGCAGCUCACCAAAAACAACUGUUCAGAGGACAGUCAGGAUGAGGGCAACAGUGUUGAAGGAGAGGCUGGACAAUUACGGACUACCAUAUACAGAUGCGAACUAUGUAAAAGUUUCCAUCCAACACUGGAGGCUCUACAUGAACACCAAGAGACCCACGUGGAAGAGAAGAUCUACGCCUGCGAGCACUGUGGAAAAACAUACCGCCACGCCGGAUCCUUGCUCAACCACAAAAACAGCCACAAAACCGGGUUGUUCUCUUGCUCAGCUUGCCAAAAGCAAUUCUCAAACCUCAUGGCUCUAAAGAACCACCGGCGUAUCCACACAGAGCCAAAAAGGUAUCAGUGCAUGGACUGCGGCAAGGCCUUCCGUGUCUCCACGCAACUUAUCUGCCACAGGCGGGUCCACACCAAGGAGAAACCCUUUUCCUGCAGCCACUGUAGUCGAUGCUUUUCGACCAAGUCCAAUCUCAGACAUCAUCAAAAAGUUCACAGGGGCAGCCAAGGAAGCCAUGCUGUAGCAGAGGACUUAAAAACUUUAGAGACAACAAGUAGCCCGUCUGCAGUGAUGGAACAGGAAACAGAUUUAUUAGGCAAUUAGAUGUUCAUUUAUUAAAGGAAAAAAAAAGAAUUGGAUGAAUAAGGUUUCAUGACGUACUGAGUGCUUGUAUGCAUCUGGAAGAGGGGGGCUUCCUUACUAAAAUAAUAGUUAGGCAGGAAGCCAUGUACCCUGAGAGAUGCUUCGGAUAGCUGUCUGGCAUCCACUGAAAUGACCGAGACUCUGUACUAUGCAGCAGUUUCAUUCAUUAAGGUGGUUUUGUCACAGAGAGUUGUUCUAAGCCAGUGGUUCUCGGACUGAUUUCUAGAACAAGCACUUGGGUAUUCUUGGGUACAUUCGUUUGGAUAAAAUUCGAACUGUGAGAAAGGGUAGCUUAUAAGAAGUGUACGAAAAUGGUUCAGAAAAGAUGGCGGAUGGGUAAGAAGUUUGAGAACCAUCGUUCAAAGGAAAACAUAACUGUUUGGUUUAACAUUUCACACUGGACUUCGGCAGCUUAGAAGUGGGAGAGGAAAAAUUAUAAUAAUUAUUAUAAUAAUGAAGGGCACUUUGCUUAUCUGAAAAUGUAGUCCCAGUCAAAUGGUGCUGACACACCCUUUCAGUGUCAGCUGUUUUGUUUUGUUUUGUUUUGUUUUUAGAUCUGUUUUAAGCAUUGCGCCAACCUCAGUGUGGGCUUUUCAUCAAAGCCAACAAAUGGCGAUGCAAGGUGGAGUUAAGCACUUAAGAACAAGGUGUAUGCUGAUUGGCCGUCCCACUCUGUCUUGUGCUGCCUUCUUGUGCCCUCGGAAUAUUCGGAACUCCGAGUUGUGACGUGUCUUCUGGGCAUCGUGUGAGUUUCCGUUCAGGCUGUUCGGAGCAAUGCGAGGUCACGGUUGAUUUGUUACUUGGUCUGCAAAAAAAAAAAACAGAAAAGCAAUUAAAAAUAAAUGUCAUUUCCCAUAGAAGUAAAGACCAAAUAAACAUAUUAAAUGUGUAUCGCUUUGUUCCAAACACAGUUUGACCCAAAAAUGGCAUUUAUGGCUGAGCAGGUUAUAUGUUUUACUAGCUGUGCUGCCCAUCUAAGAUAAGUUGAAAUCUAAGUAAUCAGCGUAGAUCUUGAUGUUAACAUUUGCAGUGCACCAUUUUUGUAAUGCAUGCAGUAAUUAAAUUAAUGCGUUUGUCAUUCUAACAGAUGGUAUGUCACAGGUUUUUGUAGUAAUAGAAUGUAUUACUACAAAUGUUUGUCAUGUGCCAUCUGUUAGAAUAACAUACAAAACAUAUGUCUCUGUUACAUGCCAUUUAGUAUGAAAUUCGUAAAAGUAAAAUUUGUGAUGCACCAUCUGUUGGAAUGAUAAUGAAAUAGCAAGCAGGUGAAUGCACAGAUACUUAUCCAUUUUAUCAAGGUGGAUUUUAUACAAUCGACUAAGGUGAAAAGUCAGCAUUACAUCACAACUCAGACAAUUCGGGUGACUUUGUUUUCUCGGAAUUGUCUGACUUGUUGCUCUAGAUCGUUCACAUUGAGUUUCCAACUCGGAUUUGUCGUCUGUCCAAGAGCACUUGAAUGCAGCAUUGGCCAAUGUAUUAAUCCCAUGGAGCUGCUAAACAGAGGGAGUUAGUUGGGACAGUGCAGAGAAAGGCGAGGGCAGAGGGGUAUGUGUUAGAUCAACUGAGCCGCCAUUGAAACUACAAUUCUCUCCUGUUCACACAUCUGUUACCAGAACGGUAGUCAUAAAUUUGUCACCAUCUGACUAACGGCACAGAAAGGGUGCAGGUUUUGUUUAAAAUACUAUUUUCAGAUUCCUGCCUUCCUUAAAAAUAAUUUAUGUGAUCAUACGAUUUUUACUGCCAUUCUAAUUUAUUGUUAUACAGAAAAAACACCUUGUUUAAAUUUUGUUUCUGAUAUGUGUAAAUUCUGUUUUAACACUUUUUUUUUUUUUUCGUUCUUAUGCUGUUUACCACACCAGAACUUUGGGUGAAAUUUCACCCCAAAAUAGCCAAGAAUCUGAGAGAGGUACAAGAUUAAAUGAGAUAGCGAGUCGGACAGGAAGCCGGCCAGACAGUCCAUACUGGAUUGCUGUUUAAUAAAAAUCAAGACAAAUGGUAACAUUUCUACUUUUGAGCUCUUGACACUUAUUACCAUAAGGACUGCCAAUAGUCCUCACAGGGUAAAAAGAGGCCAAAAUGAAGCACCCACACACUCCUUUGAGUGUUUGUACAGCAGGCUAUAAAUAAUCGUGCUGCUUCAUAUCAGCUGACUUCUUAUUAGCCGAUGUAAUGUCUGCAUCUUGAUUAUUAUUAUUUUUUUACCGUGUCCUUUUAGAUAAAGGUUAGAUGAAAAAAAAAAAAAUAUUGAAACAAAAAAAUUAAAUACAAGGUGGAAAUACCAAAUGCAAUACUCUCUGUGGAUUUUUUGGUACUGUUUUUCUAGGGUACAUUAACUCAGUUCAUGUAAUCAAUCAAAAAUAGAAGACCUUGAACUAUUCUACUGUUACCCUUUCACAUGAAAAUAAACACCCUUCUAUGGUU